AUGGAAAACGCUAUCAAGGUCUUCAAAUCCCAAGGUAUACCCGUCCUCGAGCCUGGCCGGCCCAAGUACGAUCGCGCCAUCGCGACCGCGAACUUCUUGUACCGUUUCUCGAGACCUGGAUGUGUUGCUCAGCCGGAGUCUGCUGCCCAUGUUCAAACCAUCAUCAAGGAAGCCAAGUCGAGGAAUCUCAAGAUUACCAUCAAGUGCCGAGGCCACUCCUAUGCGGGCCACUCAACCGCCUCCGAGGGUAUCUCCCUCGACCUCCGAAAGAUGAAAGAGGUCAAGCUCGACAUGAAGGAAAACACCGUCACGUUCGAUGCCGGUUGUCAGUGGGGUCACGUCUAUGGGACCCUCAUCAACGGUCAACACAAGGGCUUCGUCAUCAAUGGCGGCCGUUGUCCUACUGUCGGAGUCAGUGGUUUCCUACUCGGAGGUGGACUCAGUCCAUUCACUCGAAGCUUUGGGAUGGGGAGCGACACGCUGAUGGAGGCUGAUGUCGUGACAGCGGAUGGAAAGCUAAUCACCGUCAAGGAAACCGAUAACCCCAAAUCUGACAAGGGCAAACUCUUCUGGGCCCUCUGUGGGGCGGGUGGUGGUAAUUUUGGUGUUGUGGUCAGGCUGAAGUUGCGUGUUCAGAAGUUGCGGAACCAGGAUGGCACGGUCGUGGCGGGGAGGUAUCAAUGGUUCCCCAAAGCAGGAUUCACCGAGGACAUCAUCUCCACCAUGAUCGAUUUCUACACCACUGACUGGCCCAACGAAAUCACCAUUGACACGACCUGGAUAUGCGAUCUCCGGCAGAGUGCCCAGCUCGGGGGGAUUAGAUUCGCUAUCACCUUCGACGGCAGCAAGGCCGACUACGAUGGGAUCAUCGACAAGUACAUCAAGAACGAAGAACUCAAGGUCCAGCUCAAACGAAGAGUCCUCGCUGAAUCGUCGACACGUUUUCUCUACGAAACGCUGGUCAAUCAGUGGCUAGAAGAGACCGAAAGAGCGUACCCCGCGAACAAGACUUACGAGCUUUACAGCUCCUUCAUGUUUACGAAAGACAAUAAGGGCGUCAUCCAGAAGGCCAUCGCUAUCGUCCGAGAUCUCAUGGCUUCGUUCCGGGCCGACUUCAAAGGCGAGCAGGUUAACUUCUUGGUCACUUGGAUUCAUUCUGGGGGGAAAGCUAUCGAAAAGAAGCCCACCGAUUCUGCCUUCUUCUGGCGUGAAGCCGUGUUCCAUACGUAUAUCACGGUGGAGUGGGUUGACAAGUGGAUGGAACGGGACAUGAGGAGAUUCCUAACGACAGUCAAGGACGCGUUGAGGCCUCUCUCUCUGAAUGGAGAGGCUGCAUUUAUCAACUUCCCCGACUCAGAUUCCCCGAUCAAGUCCUACGAAAGGGCAUACUUUGGGGGCAACUUUGAAGAGCUGCGCCGUGUCAAGCAGAUAUGGGAUAAAGAUAAUUUCUUCAAGUGGGCGCAAGGCGUUCGGCUUCCGGGGGAGGCAGAAGGGAACGAUGGGGAGGGCGAGGGUGCAGACAAGACCGAUCAAAUCGCCAGUGAACAAUGGGAAUACUACAAAACCACAGACAUCGUCAAAGACCUCAAUGAACUGGCCGAUUUGGGGUACUGA